UAAAAAAACAAAUUCUUACCUGUCUCUCUUUAUCCUGAAAGCCUGUGAUUUGCUGCCACUCCCAUAAUCACAAUACAUUUACCUUCUCAAUUCAAUUUUCCCAAACUUUCAACCUUACCUUCAAUUCUUGUCAAAAACAUUUUCUUGCAAACACCCGUUUGAAAACCUUUCAAGAUUUUUCAAUUUAUUCCCAACCCCAUUAAUUGUACACAAUUUCUUUGUUGGUAUUUAAUUUUGCAUGCCAUUUUGGUUUUUUCUCAGAAAAAUCACCAUUGAGUUCUUUUGAUGCCAACAUUUAAAAGAAGAAAGAAAAGCAACUCACAUAUGGCUGGUUGCAAAUUCUAGCAUCAUUUUUUUUUUUAUAUUUUGGUUUCAAAUAUUGGAAUCUACAAUGUCUUCACAGCAAGAAAAUUCUGAUGCAAAAGAUUUAUCAGGUCCACACAGAAGGAUAACGAAUUUGAUGCAUCAAGCUGGAAACAAGUUUUGCGCGGAUUGCGGAACUCCAGAACCAAAAUGGGUAUCUUCAAGUCUUGGAGUAUUUAUUUGCAUAAAGUGUUCUGGCAUACAUAGAAGUUUAGGAGUCCACAUAUCAAAGGUUGCAUCGUUGAAGUUAGAUGAAUGGUCGGAGGAACAAGUCGAUGCAUUAGAGAAGUUAGGUGGCAAUACAUUGUUAAAUAAAAAAUACGAAGCUUUCCUCCCAAGUAAUAUAAAAAAACCAAAACCACAUACCUCGAUCGAAGACCGCUGCGAUUAUAUCAGGAAAAAGUACGAGCAACUUCAGUUCAUGGAGUGUGAUGACAAUUCAGCAUGUGCAAUUGUACCCUCUCGAAGAAGAAGUUUAUCGUUGGCUCAGAGUAGUUCUUCAUGUUACACUUUUCAUAUGGAAAACAAAAAAUACGACAAAGCCCCAACCAAACAUCGUAUCGGAAACGCAUUUCGAAAUAGUUGGACAAGAAAAGAUUCUGAGCACAAGUCUUCAAAGAAGAGCUCCUCGUUGGCAGGUAUGGUUGAAUUUGUUGGGUUGAUUAAGGUUAAUGUUGUAAAAGGCACUCACUUGGCUGUUAGAGAUGUAAUGACAAGUGACCCUUAUGUGAUCCUUUCUUUGGGACACCAAUCAGUAAAAACGCGUGUUAUAAAGAACAAUUUGAAUCCAGUUUGGAAUGAAAGUUUGAUGCUAUCAAUUCCAGAAAACAUUCCUCCCCUUAAAGUGCUAGUGUACGAUAAGGAUACAUUUUCAACCGAUGAUUUCAUGGGGGAAGCAGAAAUAGACAUUCAACCACUGGUUUUAGCCGCAAUUGCAUAUGAAAAAUCUAUGGUGAACGAGUCGAUGCAGCUAGAGAAAUUUGUAGCAAGCAGAGACAACUCUCUUGUUAGAGAUGGUGUGAUAUCUCUUGAUGAAGGGAAGAUCAAACAAGAAAUCUCAGUGAGGCUACAGAAUGUUGAGAGAGGUGUUCUUGAGAUUGAGCUUGAGUGUGUUCCUCUUACUCAAUAGCUUGGAUUGAAAGUUAAGGGCCAAGAGGACUCGGUUGAACAUAAAAUUUUGGAGCUUAUUAAUUUGUUUGAAUAUUAUGUAUAUUUCCCUCUACUAAUUGUUCUUAAGGAGUUAACUUGGUUUUCCAAUUAUACUUUCAAACACUUAUUGUGAGAAUCUUGACAAAAUAAUUUGCAAUUUAUUCUUAA